AUGCCUGGCCUUGGCGUGCUCGGCGUCCACGAAGCAUACGUCCGCAGCCUUGUGCGACGCGCGCCCGACUGGCCAAAGAAGGGCACCGCAUUCCUUGAUAUGAACCCUUUGCUUGCAGAUGCGCGCGCGCUAAAGCAGUGUAUUGACUCCCUCGCGGAAAGAUAUGGCGGCGGCUUUAUCACGCACGUCGCCGGCAUCGACGCCAGGGGGUUCACUGUCGGCUGUGCACUCGCCUACGCGCUGAAUUGCGGGUUCAUCAUGGUGCGAAAGAAGGGGAAGAUCCCGCCGGGUCCGGAGGGUUCCAGCUCAAUUCUGUCAGAAGAUUACGAGCUGGAGUACGGGAAGGACACGCUGGAGGUUGCGUCGGACUCGUUCGACACCGCGCGCGUGACGAGCCCGCGCGUGGUGCUCGUCGACGACCUGCUGGCGACCGGCGGUACGGCGACCGCGGCGUGCAACUUGCUGCGACUGGCGGGGGCGACGAUCGUGGAAGUCGCGGUAGUCAUGGAAAUUAUGUCCGAGUCGCUCCAGGGCAGGCGGAGGCUCAAGGAGGAGGCGUAUAUUGACGCGCAUGCGCUGCUCACGUUUUGCGAGGAGUAGAUUGCGAGGGCGUGGCACGAGGUAUUGAGAGCCCGGACGGAACCGGGCGCGAGUGAGAAAAGAGGUUGUUUCGAGCCGUUUCUUGCACACGGUUUGAUGGGGGAGGGGUGCAGAAGACCAUUCCGCUGCUGGGCUUUAAGAGCUGCAAGAUGCUUUGAAGCUAAUCUCAGAGUUUUUAUCUAUGGUAUUCUCUCCGACGCCGACCGGAUGUCGGUCAGUGGCGAAGUCUGUAGAGAGGGAAUAUGAUGAGGAUUGAAUCUGUGUGAGAGUGCGGUAUCCUUCAGUAGUAACGAAUGAAAGUGAAAAGGUGUAUGUGGAGUGUUGCUUUCCA